AUGUACAAGGCCGCCAUCCUGCCGACGCUACUGUAUGGAGCGGAGACUUGGACGGUGUAAGUAAAGCAGGCAUGCCGUCUGAAACACUUCCACCUCAGUUGUCUUCGUCGCAUCCUGAGGCUGAACUGGCAGGAUCGAGUCCCCAACACUGAUGUGUUGGAACGGACGGGAAUCGUAAGCAUCUACCCCAUGUUGAGACAAAUGCAGCUGCGCUGGAGCGGCCACCUGGUGCUCAUGGAUGACGAGCGACUACCCAAACGACUGUUCUACGGAGACGUCGCGACGGGUUCUGGCCGUCAAGGAGGCCCAAAUUCGCCGUUACAAGGAUACCUUGAAGUCCUCCCUGAAGUGUCUGAAAAUCAACCCGACCAACUGAGAAGAGCUCGCACUCGACCGACCGACCUGGAAGAGGACAGUGAAGACAGGCGCUGCGAUUUACGAAGCCAACCGCAUCGCUGCCGCCAAAGCGAAACGCGAAGCCCGCAAAUCACAACUUCGCCCUGUACGCAACGCCGCCGCACAACCGCUCCUAACGUGUCCUCGAUGUCAACGGACAUUCCGGGCUCGAAUCGGACUUGUUGGACAUCUUCGGAUCAACUGCGCCUCUCGACCUGCAUCAACCAUCGUCCGCCGCCCGCCUCUGCCUCGUCCUUUCCACCGCCAACUAACUCUGACAAUUCUUCUGAACCACCACUCCCACCCACCUCCUCCUCCUCCCCCUCCUCCUCUUCCACUGCUCCAACGACGGCCGCUCAGGCGACUGUCACGCGCGCAACAACCGACACCACCACCACCACCUCCCCCGACUCCAGCGAUGAGGAUCAGGACUACGCCUGCCCUCACUGCGACCGCACCUUCACCUCACACACCGGCCUGGUCGGUCACUUGCGAAUCCAUCACACAGAGAUUGGCGAACCAGUGUCUGGAGCACCAACCUACACCCACCGCACUUGCCUCCACUGCCCACAUUGCCCUCGCACCUUCACGCACCGCAUGGGCCUAUUCGGCCACAUGCGCAUCCACGAGAGCGGAAUUGACCGCAACUCCGACACACCCACGACACCCAGCACAUCCGCCACGCCCAGUCCCACCCUCGCUCCAUCGUCCUGCGCGCCCAUCACCACCACCACCGCCAUCACCGCCUCCUCCGUAGCUGACACUGACGCCGCCGACUUCACCUGCCCACACUGUUCACGCACAUUCAUUUCACGCAUCGGCCCGGUCGGUCACUUGCGAAUCCAUCGCACAGAGACUGGCGAACCAGUGCCUGGAGCACCCACCUAUACCCACCAAGCUCGUCUAAACUGCCCACACUGUCCUCGCACCUUCAGGCAUCGCAUGGGCCUAUUCGGCCACAUGCGCAUCCAUGACGACCUGCGGUAAACAACCGCCGGCCACACAACGCCUUCACUCACCAAACCUUUCACCACCACCACCACCACCACCACCACCAUCAUCAUCAUCAUCAUCAUCACCCCACCAGAAAUCAACACUCACACACCUCAUGCACCCAACUGCCACCUCCCACGCAAGUGGGAAGUGUGCACCUCGACUCGGUCCCUAUGCGGUUUCGGCUGUACGGGUGACUUGAGUCCGAGGCUAUCCCGACACGUCAAGCGUCGUGGAUAGGAAGGUUGCUGAUUGACGCCCGCUCUCGGUUCACGCAGUUCGUCGCGUUGUGUGUCCGUGUGUGGAGUGGCUAACUGGUGGGCCGGGCGGCGGGCUGAAACCGCACCUUCCACGGCUCUCUCACGCAAGUGAGAGACACGCCGUUCAACCCCCGUUGUGUGAAAUCCUGGUGUUGUGUGUAUGGGGGGCCAGGUCGUGCUCGUAGCGCGCGUAGUCAUGGUCAGUCGACCAUGGCAGUCACCGCGCCCAUCUCCCUCUCCAGUCUGCUGACCGGCUCGGACAGCGGCUGGGGUGUGGGAGUGGGAAGGGAGAGUGAGGUCGACGACUCAGCGCACUUUCCUCACUAUAAACAAUCUGACACGCUUGAAGCUAUCACAGUGCGCUAAAAGCCGUGGCUUGGAAGGUUGCCAACUGACGGGGUAACGUGGACCUCCUCCUUGACUGGAGGCGGUCUGAGAGUCAGGCUGAAAUGGCUCCUUUUUAAUGUGGCCUUUAUGGCACUCCCACUACAGUGUGAGAUCCGAGCCAGGCGUUGGCGGCACGCCUAGGUGCGGCUUCGGCCGUGCCAGCCUCCAAGUCCCUGUUGUUGGUUGAAAUCCUGGUUAUUGUUGUGUGGACCAGGGGAUGUGGUGGAACGCCAAGGUGAGGAUCCGUCCUAGUCAUCCGCCUGCGGCCUCUCUCGUCUCCGGUCUUCUUGACUCUGUCUUGACACCGGGCUCAGGCGGGGGAGGAGGAGAGAGUGUAGGUAGAUGCAGCGCAAGUCUACUGGCACUAUAAACUCCUCCGUAAGUCACCGUCCCUGCUCCCACCGCUGCUGCAGCUGUAGGGCACACUGUGGACAUCAUCGAAAUCGAUGGUCGAACUGUCGUCGUCGUUGGGGGCGACCGCGUAGGCCACUUGCGUACGCGCGGACUAGCGGAGGAGGACGAGCAGGAAGCCUACGAAGGAUCGCCGGAGUCUCCCAACUAGCUUGAACAAUAAAGAUAUCGGAACACCUUGUGGACAGAAUAUUCAAGGGGAGGCUUCGAAAGAAAAUGAGGUAAGCUUUUUCGACGAGCACCUCGGAAACACAGAAGGAUGUACCACUACAGAAGGAAGGGUUAUCAACACGAAGAUAAAUGAAUCGUACACGGAUCUCAGUUUCGCUAGCCCAGUAGCUAGUUCAUCCUGAGUCAGCGAAACAAGUAAACUGGAGAAGAACUUUCAUUCCCUCAAAAGAUGUGCAACAACAACGAGCACUAGAUUUAGUCGCAAGCAAACUGUAGUUAUAAAAGGAGUACCCGAAUCAACGGCAACAAUUCCAAAGGAGAGAGUUAUGCAUGACUUAGACCUUCUUCAAGUGUAUGAGAAAGCUUUGUUAAGAGACUAUGAGUCACUUACUGUUCUCAAAGCAUUCCGACUAGGGAAUACUCAGGCAGCACCCGGUUCCAAUUCCCGGCCUCGACCCCUAAAAGUUAUUUUGGAGACUAAAGCACAGGCCCAGCUCCUGUUACAGAGAAAAUUAUCUCUACGGGGUCAGCAUCCUGAAGUUUUUUUCAGCCGGAUUACGAGCCAAAAGAGCGAAUGAAACUGAGAGAGCUGAUGACGGAGCUGGAAAAGCGGAGAAACAGCGGCGAAACACACCUACAAAUCAAGAAUGAACAAAUAAUUCAGGUCAAACGGACAUUUCUCUGGCCGAAGGUCGUCAUUCUGACAGCCUAACCGAUGCAAACGUGACAGCUCCUGAGGCUGCUAGAACCAGUGGCCGCUGUCUAGAAAUCUAUUACACUAACUGUCGGCGUCUUCUCAACAAGCUAGAUGAACUCAGAUUACUAGUCUCUGAACAGAAGCCACACAUAAUUGUCCUAACAGAGGCAUGGUCGACUGAGGAAAUUAGUAGUAGCGAAGUCAGAAUUGAAGGCUACCAACUGUUCCGUUGUGACAGAUUUCAUCGUAGAGGAGGAGGCACAGCUAUUUAUGUGUCAAAUGAAAUUGCGUGCUCUCAACGAGAAACUUCCGAUGGUGCGUCCCGAAAUUUUGAAAUAAUUUCAUGCAAGAUAUGUAUCAAACAGUUACCGACACUGAACCUGUGUGUUGUCUAUCGGCCUCCCAGCUCGAAUGAAAUCGCCGAUAGGGAAUUACUUAGUGCACUGGAGUUGUUAUGUAAGCAGGAGAACUUACUACUUCUGGGUGACUUUAACGCUCCAGGAAUAGACUGGAACAUUCCCCUAACAAACGCCCCGUCCACGUCAUUUGACCACAAGCUACUACAACUCUCCCUGAAUGAAUACCUCAUUCAGCACAUAAAAUUCGGAACAAGAAUGAGAGAAGGACAACGAUCUAAUUGUUUAGAUCUCGUUUUCAGUAAAGAAGAAGACUCAUAAAGGAAGUGCAUCCACAACCUCCACUCGGUUUAAGCGAUCAUAUUGCUUUUACCUGCGUGUGCGCUCUCCUAUCCAACCAACAACCAAAAAUCAAGACGCACAGAAAUAUUUGGAAGGGUGACUUUAACGCAAUGAGACGCUCUCUUUUGGAAGAAACCUGGUUGGUCAACAGAGAAGAUUCAGACGAAUUCUGGCAGUACUUUCGCGGGAUUAUAGAGCGUCUAAUUGAUUCCCAUUGUCCAAUAAAAAUGACAAGACCAUGUGCCCGACCGCCGUGGGUCAAUCCGACGACAAAAAAGACCAUUAAGAAGAAACAGCGACUCUGGAAAAAGUAUUUGCAACUUCGAGAUCUAAGGUCAUUCGCCGAAUAUAAGGAUCAGCGCAAUAAAUGCCGCAAACAAAUACGAGUUGCUAGGAAUUCUUUCCAGCGCCAACUGAUAGCAGAAUCAAUUACAUGUCCCAUGAAGUUUUACGGGUACAUUCGCAGUAGGAGGAAACAAAGGGACGAAAUUGCGUGUCUAAAGGAUAGCCUCGGAAACUUAUUAGUUGAAGGGCCACAGAAAGUGCGAUUUCUGUCUCAGUUUUUUCAACCGGUUUUUACGGGAGAGUCCUCAGAAGAUAAUCAGCAGUUUGAAAUGGACCGAGACAGCCGGGAGCUUCAAAUGCGCCAAGAUAUUGCCGUCAUUGAAACCGUCGCCUUUUCCGUCGAAGCAGUAAGACGCUUCCUCAGUCAAAUAAAACCCGAUAAGUGUCCCGGACCCGACGGAAUUCCCAGACUAAUACUUAAGGGGCUAUCAACGAAGCUGUUAAAGUCUCUUUCGACUCUCUUUGAGCUGUUAAUGAGAACAGGAAGGCUGUCCUCACAGUGGAAGACAACUAACCUCGUUCCAUUGCAUAAGGGAGGUAGCAGGAUGACAGCAAGCAGCUUUAGGCCUAUUAGCUUAACUUGCCCCCCCCACCUUUCAAAACGAUGGAAGCUCUAGUAAAGAGCGUUAUACAGCAAUUUUGUGAAAAAAAUAACAUCUUGCAGGAUUUUCAACAUGGCUUCCGGGGAGGACGUUCCUGCCUCUCAAAUCUGCUAGCUUGUCUGGAGAUCUGGACCAGGGCUCUAGAAGAGGGUUUUGAGGUCGUGUACAUCGAUUUCCGCAAAGCUUUCUAUACUGUUCCGCACCAACGUCCUCUUCACAAAUUGAGCGCCAUCGGUAUCCAGGGAGGUCUUCUGAACUGGAUAAGGGCGUUUCUGGUUGGUCGGAAACAACGUGUCUGCAUCGGAGAUGAUAUGUCAGAAUGGGUGAACGUGACCAGCGGUAUGCCUCAAGGCUCAGUUCUGGGACCAUUGGUCUUCAUCCUUCAUGUUAACGACAGCCUUCAGGAACUCGAAUACGGCAAAAUAAUGUUUGCAGACGACGUUAAGUUCUGGAAAGUCAUUAAGGGACCUAAUGAUCAGAGAUCCCUUCAAGAUAAUCUGCAUCGACCGCAAGCGUGGUCGAAGAAAUGGCUUCUAGAGUUCAAUCUGGAGAAGUGUGUCGUCCUUCAUCUGCUUCCAACCAACUCUCAUUCAAAUGAGAGCCUGAGGACAUAUCACCUGAAAGAUAUCAGGCUCACUGCAGAAUCUUCACAGAAGGAUCUCGGGGUUUGGAUACAGAACAACCUGAAACCAACACUGCAGUGUCACAAGGCCACAAAAAACGCCAUGGGAGUGCUACAUGCAAUCAAAAGGGCUUUCGUAAACUUUGACCAAGACCUUUUUGGGAGAGUUUACGGCACUUUUGUUCGGCCCCACUCAGAAUAUGGCAUACAAGCAUGGCGACCAUGGCUAGUAAAGGACCAAGCAUGCCUCGAACGGGUACAACGGCGUGCAACAAAGCUGGUAAACGUUCCAAAAGGCCAAUCCUACACACAGACUGAAUUGCCUUAAUUUAUUCCCUCUGUCUUACAGGCAACAAAGAGGUGAUCUUAUCCUCGUUUACAAGAUAAUAUAUGGCCUUGAGCAUGGGCUUAAAUCUGAGGACAUGUUUCAGUGGCACCUUUCACCCAAUCAUUGUGGUCACUCGAUGAAGUUACGGACAACAAUAUCCAGGCUGAAUCUUCGCUCUGAGUUUUUCACGCAGAGGGUAGUGGUGAAAUGGAACAAUCUCCGUCGGUCAGUUGUGGAGGCUACGCCUCUGCAACUCUUCAAGAAACGCUUAGAUGAUUAUUUGUGUCCCCUUUUUCCCUCGACAGUCUGAAUCUGAACUAAUACCCCACAACCCCGUAAAUAUUUUCUUUGAUACAAUGCUACUCAAAUGAAUCAAGUAAUGCUUUAAUAGCGAAUAUUUUUGUUGUUCGUGUACAGUUAUUUCUAACGAGCUGACAUGUAGUCAAUAGGGUUUUCAAAGGCUUUGCCUAUUAUCCUUACCAAAAUAAACUGAACUGAAUGAACUGAAUAUAAACUGUCGUUUCAAGUUCACCGUCGAGGUUUCUUCUGACAAUCAAAUCCAGGAAGGGCGAACGUUGUUUCUGUUCUCCUUCCGUCGUGCCUUUCAUACCAGGGAGGACUGCGUCGGGCAGGCUGGAUAAAUAAUGUAGCAUGUCCAUCUUUACGAUGGCAAACGUCGUCCACUUUACGGCGCCAAAAUACCGGCUCAUGUUGGAUGAUGGCUGUCUUUUCUAACUCCUGUAGGACCAGCUCUGCUACUAAACCGAAGACUAGUAAGCCCAUUAGAGUUCCCUUGGUCUGUUCAUAGGUCUGUCUAGCAAAGUGAAGAGAACUUGUUGGCAGAAUUCAAACAGCCUCAUGAAGUGUUCAUUCAUUCUCGUCAUACACCUCCUCAAGUCUCAUACGCAGAACUUCGCGGGCCAAGUUUGGUGGGAUGGAUGUGAAUAACGACGUCACAUCGAAGGAGACCAUGAUUUAGUCAGAUUGCAUCUUCCGGCCUCUCAGAUCUAUGAGGAAUUGAAAGGCUGACUGAAUUGAGGUAAUCACAUUGUCUUAGAUGAACUUCAGUUUUGUGUACAUGCACUUUGCUAAAUUGUAGAUGGGGUUGCCAUUUAGAACAACGAUUGGCCGAAGUGGGGCAUUUGCUUUAUGCAUUUUUGGCAGACCAUAGACUCGAGUUAGAGCGGUGUCAGUUGCCAAUAUUUGAUGCCAUUCAUUCUCCGUGAUCACAUUUUUGUGCUGGUAUUCUCUAAGCAGUUUAUCACUAGCCCGACUGAGCACAACGGAAUUAUUCUGCGCUCCUACUGCGACUAUUUCGACUUGGUUACCAUUUCACAGAUACCGUCUCUGACAUUGAUACUGGAACCGUACGUACAGAAUUGCUUUGUGCGUUUUUUGAAUAUUUUUUUCACGCAUCGAAAUUCGUCAGGAGCCUGGAUUAAGUGCAAUUUGUUUAUUGGCACGUUCCAACUGACUACGCAUCUGACUACGCAACCGGAUCGUGGCUAUACAGCGUAUACGGCCGAAUCGCGGCUAUACAGCCUAGAAAAAUAAUCCCUCAUCAUCCUUCGAGAUCUGCAGUUACUCAAGUCCUACGAGGUCUGCAACAGGCUAAGUCGCUUCUGAUUAAAUUCCCAAAAUUUAUCGGAUUUUAAGUAUUUUUUCGCUUAUUGAGUUUUAAAAAUUCACUUUAAAUCCUAAUAUACAAUCAGAAGUAUUUAUCAUAACAUCGAAAGUGAAAUUAUACCUACUAUAUCAUGUCGAAAUUUAUAAGGUCUCAGCAAGCUAACUGUAAUAGUACGGCCAGCGACGGCACCUCGUUGGAAGACAAGUCCAGUGAGAUGUCCUUCGCACCCAUAACCCGUGCUCGCUCUACCUGCACUUCCAGCCAACGACCAGCAAAGCGUGCAAAAAGCGUAAUUACCGCAAAAAGUGUGAGGUACGAAGACGAGCCUUGUGUUGGAUGCGCAGAUAUCCAAAUCAAAGUAGAACAACGUGAAAAGGAGCUUGCGUAUUUAAGGACGCUCGUGAAACAGAUCCUAGACGACCAGAACGUGUCCAGUGGUAGAGUCCAAAAAAAGAAGAGCAAAACGCGAAAAACGCCAAAAAAUAUCUCCUCGGGGGCAUCUUCAAUCACGAGUAGCAAUUCAGUAGCCAAAAACGUUGACACCAGCAACAGCAGGACAACGAGAACGAAGCCGCCGAUAAGAGCAGACUCGAUUCCCACGCAAGAUGUCUUUAGCGAGGUCGCACAAAAAUUACCUGGCGCAGAAGUGAUCUCGCCUAAGCCUCUUGCUGUAAAUGACGGGAAUUCUCUUCUGCCUGAAGACGAUAUAGCUGGGUCAUCCAGUCUACUGUUGGCCUUUUGUUCUGUCAACCACCCCGAGCGCACUACAGAGCACGUAUCUGAAUGCAAAGACAUGAACCCGUGGGUAGAGGGGAGAGGGGAACGCCAUGACAGGAGUCUGAAGUCACAGCCAGACCUUAUGGGCUGCUCCGGGCAGUCGGUAGACAGCAAAAGUGUGCGUCCCAGCGACGACUCCGUAAAUCGUCCUCACCCACAUGCAGUGAAUUCACCGGAAAUACAAAGUAAGGAGGACCAUGCUCGCCAGCAGUGUCUGGUUAUUCAGGGUCUGUCGGAAUCGAAUGCAGUCAGACCUGAAGACCGUGUCUCCGGGGACCUUGCUUCUUUUCAUUGUCUACUAAAUCAUUUACUACAUGCAGACAUGGAAAUAAAAGUUCUAAAACCAUUCCGGAUUGGAAAAAGGAGUGAAGACAGGACAGCAGCACAACCACCUCUGUCGCUCAAAAUUAUGCUGGAGUACAAAGAGCAAAUCAAAUUGAUCCUCCUAAAAAACCGACCUAAGAAACACACACAAACAGGUUUUUUCAACCGGACUAUUCACCAGCGGAACGGCUGAAACGCCGGGAGCUUGUCUUGGAAUUAAAAUCAAGACUGAAGGGUGGCGAACAGAAUCUGGCUACCUUCAAGGGGAAGGUAGUUCGGAAAUAUAUGCCGUUUCAGUGGAACCAGCCUGUAAUAAUAAGAACAACGGCAGCUACUCAGCUAACACACAUACCUUCGUUGAACCACCUGCUCAAGGCGGCAACACAAGUAAGCGAAUAACGUCCAGUGAUCCGAUUGAGGCAAGGCAUAUAAAUAGAACCCAUCAGCCAGAGAACAUGGCUUUCGAGAUAACGGAGUAAUGCUCGAAACAGUAACAAAUGCAACGGGAAAUUCGGCUGGUGCAAAACUGAGGUGCUUGUACACGAAUGCCCAAAGCCUCAUAUCGAAACUAGACGAGCUAAACAUUGCCUAGUCGAGCUGUCUCCAGAUAUUUUAGCAGUAACCGAGACCUGGCUGUCCGGAAAUACUAGUGAUAGUGAAGUAGCCUUGCCAGGAUACCAAAUUUAUCGGAGGGACAGGGAACAUCGUCAGGGCAGUGGUAUAGUUGUGUAUGUAAAUGAAGGCCUGGCAGUGUCGGAAAAGACCACCAAGUUUGCGUGCGGCAUGGGAGCUAUUCGGUUGACCAUCAAGGCUACCGGUUCGAUGUGUCUCGAUGUCCUCACUGUCUACCGACCACCUAGGACAGAUCAAAUCGCAGACACUCAACUAUUGGAGCAGUUGGACCUAACAUCAUGAUCAUGGGCGACUUCAACGCACCAGGAACAAACUGGAAUACCCUCCAAGCGUCAGGUCCAAAAUUGUCAUUCGAUUACCGUCUGCUGAACAAAACAUUAAAGGCAUCCCCCACACAACAUGUCAUGUUCCCAACGAGAACACGUGAAGGACAAAGGACAAACUGCCUUGAUCCGGUUUUUACGAAAACAUCAGACAGCAUAGACGAGAUCACCUCUAUGCCGCCUCUUGGCCGAAGUGAUCACAUAAUGCUGAUGUGGGAUUAUUCGUUAUUCUCCAUUUAGCAUUAUCAAGACCAAAAAAGACGGAAUGUUUGGCGAGGCGACUUCAAUCAGAUGAGGGCAAACUUAUCCGGUCUCGACUGGGGCUCGUUGAUUACGGGAAAUGCCAACGAUGACUGGGAGCUUUUCAAGAAUGUCCUUCUGCAUUGAAUUGAACGUUAAUAAUGUGUGGUAUACAGAUAAAUAUUCUGGGCUGAAAUAGUUCAGACGCGCCCAUAAUGGACGGACAAAAAAAGAACCAGUUACAGGGGGUGAGCUCUACUUCUCAUCGCUCUUGGUCAUUUUGGAACAUAAAUAUGUCAAGAAUCUUUUUAAAACUUUGUAUAGAUGGUGACAUCACAACAUCUGCGGGAAGGGCAUUCCAUGAUUUGACCACUCUAACAGAGAAGGAGAACUUCCUUACAUCUAAUCUUGCCUGCUGAGUGCGCAGUUUUAACAGGUGGCCUCGGAGGUUGGUCGUGGUAGCAAAUUCAAAGAAGUCCUCGAAGGCCAGACUGCAAUCCAACCCCUUAACAAUGCGGAAGGCUUGCAAGAGAUCCCCGCGAAGUUGCCUAUAACUCAAAGGAAAGAGGUUCAGAUUUACUAGGCGAGUUGCAUAAGGAAAGGAGCUUUGACCACUAACCAUCUUCGUGGAUCUCCUCUGGACCCUUUCGAGGCAGUUUUGAUCCUCAACCGCCCACGGCCUCCAAGCUUGUAUGCCGUACUCUAAAUGCGGCCGGACGAAUGUUCCGAAUGUCUUAGAGAAAGCUUCUUCGUCAAAGUCCAUAUACGCACGCUUGAUGGAGUGCAGUACGGACAUUGCGGUUUUUGUCACUCUCGAACUGUGGGCGGAUGGCCUUAGGGAACUGGUCGUCAGCACACCGAGGUCCUUUUGGGCUUCGACCUCUUGUAGGGCUGCACCGCCCAUAAAGUAGUUUGUUGUGCUGGCGGAUCUGGCUGUGUGGCCUAGGCGAAGUAUGCUGCAUUUGGCAACAUUGAACCGCAGGAGCCAACUGCUUGACCACUCCUCCAACCGAUUCAGGUUCAUCUGCAGUCUGUUUUCGUCGGCUGGACCCCGAAUUACAAUCCAUACCUUCAUGUCGUCAGCACACAUUGCUACUUCCCAGUCUAAAGCUCUUGCGGCAUCGUCCAUGUAGAUAAGGAACAAAAUGGGUCCCAGGACUUAACCCUGGGGGACACCACGAUCGACCAUAGCAGGGUCUGAUUUUCCCCGACCGAUGCAGACAAUCUGCUGUCGACCCACAAGGAAGUUUUCAAUCCAUUUAAGGAAGUUGCCACUGAUCCAUAUUUUUUUAAGUUUAUGUACGAGCCUCUGGUGUGGCACAGUGUCGAACGCCUUCUGGAAGUCGAUGAAAGCUAUGUAGACCGCGUGCCUGUCGUCGAGAGCUCGGGUCCAGCUCUGGAGAGAUUGCAGCAAGUUUGUCGUGCAGGAUCUUCCUUUUCGGAACCCAUGUUGGCAUUUUGAUAGUAGACCGUGAACUUCCAGGAAUUGCAUCAGCUCACUCUUUAUGAUCUUUUCCAUCACUUCGCAGAGAAUGCUUGUCAAGCUUAUGGGUCUGUAAUUUGUCGUCGCUGCCCUGUUACCUCCUUUGUGUAGCGGAGUAAUAUGCACCAGCUUCUAAUCCAUCCGAAGUGUUCCAGUAUCAAAAGACGUUUGAAAGAGCAUCGACGAAGAAGGAGUGAGCUCACUGGCAAGUUCCUUGAGAAGCUUGGGUGGAAUCUCGUCUGGUCCUGGUGACAUCGAUUCGUUCAAUGCCUCCAAUUUUCUUUGGACACUGCCUUCUGAGAAGAGUAUAUCGCUGACUCUUGGGGUCGGCAGUCCUUCUGUGGAGGGAGAAAUGGACCUUGACUCGUUUGUCCAGACUUAUUGGAAAAAAUGUGAAAAAUACGCAGCUGUAUCCCUACUAUCAGCAAUCUCAACGCCAUCAGUAGUCCUUAUUAAGGGGAUUUGAUGCCUGUUCCUUGUAAUUCGUCGGAGGUUACUGUAGAGUAAUUUUGGGUUCAGCGUUGCCUUUUGCAGAAAUUUCUUCUCGAAUUCCCGUCGCGUUUACACGAUCAGGUUGCUCAGUUUGUUCCUCUGUGUCUUGUAGGUGUGGAAAUAUUCAACUUGCCCAGUAACGCAGUAUUUUCUCCACAAUUUGUGCUUCCUGUUUGUUUCUUUCUUAAGGUUCCUAUUUAGCCACCCAGGGCGUUUAUUCAGUCUGACACUAGGCAGUGGGCAUUGGUUGUUGAUGAGCUGCAGAAGGACAUUCUUGAAAAGCUCCCAGUCAUCGUUGGCAUUUCCCGUAAUCAACGAGCCCCAGUCGAGACCGGAUAAGUUUGCCCUCAUCUGAUUGAAGUCGCCUCGCCAAACAUUCCGUCUUUUUUGGUCUUGAUAAUGCUAAAUGGAGAAUAACGAAUAAUCCCACAUCAGCAUUAUGUGAUCACUUCGGCCAAGAGGCGGCAUAGAGGUGAUCUCGUCUAUGCUGUCUGAUGUUUUCGUAAAAACCGGAUCAAGGCAGUUUGUCCUUUGUCCUUCACGUGUUCUCGUUGGGAACAUGACAUGUUGUGUGGGGGAUGCCUUUAAUGUUUUGUUCAGCAGACGGUAAUCGAAUGACAAUUUUGGACCUGACGCUUGGAGGGUAUUCCAGUUUGUUCCUGGUGCGUUGAAGUCGCCCAUGAUCAUGAUGUUAGGUCCAACUGCUCCAAUAGUUGAGUGUCUGCGAUUUGAUCUGUCCUAGGUGGUCGGUAGACAGUGAGGACAUCGAGACACAUCGAACCGGUAGCCUUGAUGGUCAACCGAAUAGCUCCCAUGCCGCACGCAAACUUGGUGGUCUUUUCCGACACUGCCAGGCCUUCAUUUACAUACACAACUAUACCACUGCCCUGACGAUGUUCCCUGUCCCUCCGAUAAAUUUGGUAUCCUGGCAAGGCUACUUCACUAUCACUAGUAUUUCCGGACAGCCAGGUCUCGGUUACUGCUAAAAUAUCUGGAGACAGCUCGACUAGGCAAUGUUUAGCUCGUCUAGUUUCGAUAUGAGGCUUUGGGCAUUCGUGUACAAGCACCUCAGUUUUGCACCAGCCGAAUUUCCCGUUGCAUUUGUUACUGUUUCGAGCAUUACUCCGUUAUCUCGAAAGCCAUGUUCUCUGGCUGAUGGGUUCUAUUUAUAUGCCUUGCCUCAAUCGGAUCACUGGACGUUAUUCGCUUACUUGUGUUGCCGCCUUGAGCAGGUGGUUCAACGAAGGUAUGUGUGUUAGCUGAGUAGCUGCCGUUGUUCUUAUUAUUACAGGCUGGUUCCACUGAAACGGCAUAUAUUUCCGAACUACCUUCCCCUUGAAGGUAGCCAGAUUCUGUUCGCCACCCUUCAGUCUUGAUUUUAAUUCCAAGACAAGCUCCCGGCGUUUCAGCCGUUCCGCUGGUGAAUAGUCCGGUUGAAAAAACCUGUUUGUGUGUGUUUCUUAGGUCGGUUUUUUAGGAGGAUCAAUUUGAUUUGCUCUUUGUACUCCAGCAUAAUUUUGAGCGACAGAGGUGGUUGUGCUGCUGUCCUGUCUUCACUCCUUUUUCCAAUCCGGAAUGGUUUUAGAACUUUUAUUUCCAUGUCUGCAUGUAGUAAAUGAUUUAGUAGACAAUGAAAAGAAGCAAGGUCCCCGGAGACACGGUCUUCAGGUCUGACUGCAUUCGAUUCCGACAGACCCUGAAUAACCAGACACUGCUGGCGAGCAUGGUCCUCCUUACUUUGUAUUUCCGGUGAAUUCACUGCAUGUGGGUGAGGACGAUUUACGGAGUCGUCGCUGGGACGCACACUUUUGCUGUCUACCGACUGCCCGGAGCAGCCCAUAAGGUCUGGCUGUGACUUCAGACUCCUGUCAUGGCGUUCCCCUCUCCCCUCUACCCACGGGUUCAUGUCUUUGCAUUCAGAUACGUGCUCUGUAGUGCGCUCGGGGUGGUUGACAGAACAAAAGGCCAACAGUAGACUGGAUGACCCAGCUAUAUCGUCUUCAGGCAGAAGAGAAUUCCCGUCAUUUACAGCAAGAGGCUUAGGCGAGAUCACUUCUGCGCCAGGUAAUUUUUGUGCGACCUCGCUAAAGACAUCUUGCGUGGGAAUCGAGUCUGCUCUUAUCGGCGGCUUCGUUCUCGUUGUCCUGCUGUUGCUGGUGUCAACGUUUUUGGCUACUGAAUUGCUACUCGUGAUUGAAGAUGCCCCCGAGGAGAUAUUUUUUUGGCGUUUUUCGCGUUUUGCUCUUCUUUUUUUGGACUCUACCACUGGACACGUUCUGGUCGUCUAGGAUCUGUUUCACGAGCGUCCUUAAAUACGCAAGCUCCUUUUCACGUUGUUCUACUUUGAUUUGGAUAUCUGCGCAUCCAACACAAGGCUCGUCUUCGUACCUCACACUUUUUGCGGUAAUUACGCUUUUUGCACGCUUUGCUGGUCGUUGGCUGGAAGUGCAGGUAGAGCGAGCACGGGUUAUGGGUGCGAAGGACAUCUCACUGGACUUGUCUUCCAACGAGGUGCCGUCGCUGUCCGUACUAUUACAGUUAGCUUGCCCACCGACUGUCCGUUCCUGCCACCUACAAUUCGUUGCGAACACGACGAUAGAAGAAUAUCCAGGUGUGAUAAAUAUUCUCGAUGGCAAACACAAUUCCAACUUAGAUUAAUUUUUACAAACAAUGCGAAAGUAUAGUCAUGGUGAUGGGAAAAAUCGAAAUACUUCAGAAUAACGUAGGUCUGAAUGAGUUCUCCUCGAGCUCUAGGCCGAAUAGAAUAAAUGCGUCAAUUCGGUAUUUUCAGGAUGAGUACUUUAGACCAAACACCACUGCCGUAGUUUGCAUAUGGUAGUUUAAAGUAGCUUUCAAUCCUUUUUGCUCAAGCGCCACCUGACCUGAAUUUCACACUCGAUUUGCGAGCAGAUAAAAAUGCUGAACACUUUUUAAAACAGCUCCCUAUUUAUAUCUCUGGGUAACCUUUUAAUUAAAACGAGAGCAGUGGCUACGCCGACAUACAGAGAGAAGGAUUCAGAUAGUGCAGUCAAACAGCUUGCUUCGGUCGCAGCUGAUGCAUGAAUCAGGCUAGUAAUGUGUUGCAUUUAUAAUGCUGCCAUGGCAUGCUGUGAAAAAUACAAGAUAGGUUUCUCGCGCAAGUGUCUUAUUAAGUGGUUGACCCUGUUUAUGUGAUAGUGCGAACUUCAGCAAUUUCGCAUGAGCUGAUUUAUAGCGGGGCAGACUUGCGUAACCUCACUCCUCACUUGCACACCAGAUUCAGACGAGACAGGGCGGGCAAAAGUGGCCUCAGGCGUGGUGGCUGAUGGAGUAAAGCUGCACGUCUAUGCAUGAUACCCAUUUCCAGCCCCCCGAUUAUUGUUCUAUGUCUUCUUCGAAAGAAUACUCGGAUCUCGCGUUCGUGAGUUUGUCAUGGAUGAUACAUUAAGACGGCCCCCACAGCACCAUUUUGAAGUAAUUAAACGCUGUUAGUUACUGCGACCUUUUUCUGCUUGAUAUAUACUACCAUUGUUGUUCAAGUUUCUUGCCAUUUCUUGCUCUUUUUAUUUGUGCACUUCCUUCUGUAUUUGUUGGAUAGGUAAUUUAUCAUGUUAUUUACCAAGCGGUGCUUUUGCCCAAUCAUUUUAUGGCGUUUGUCGCUAAGCGUGCCACUAAUAUACGUAGUAUUAUUCGCAUGCAGAUUUUAACCGAAGCAGUCAAAAUACUCUGGAAAACUCGUACUCUUUUUCCAAGGACGGAGUGAUCGGUCAACGCCCGCGAUCAGCCCACCGAUUAGGAGGUUGUUGGGUUUCGGCUGGUUGGGUGUUGGUUUUUGGCUGAGGGAUUGUGCCGUUUUUACUUCACUGCCUUCAGUUAAUUUCAAUACGCAACUUGGACUGUUCCCACCUCCUAACGCCGGCCACAUCAGCACUACUAGGGGAUGAUUCAUUUUUUAUUCCUCUUCAGCCGCCAGGGGAAAGUCCGACUUCAGAAAUGGUUUGUUUCGUAUUCUGAGAAAGAAAAGAAGAAGAUACUCCGCGAUGUUAUGGCAAUUGUUCUGGCAAGGAAACCUAAAAUGUCAUCAUUUCUGGAGUGGAAAGACAUGAAGCUAGUUUACCGGAGGUAGCAAAUUUGUCUUAACUAUUUCUGGCUCAUCAGAUAUGCCAGUCUCUACUUCCUGUGCGCUAUAGAACCCGAGGACAAUGAGUUACUUACCCUCGAAGUAAUUCAUCGCUAUGUAGAAAUUCUUGACAAGUAUUUUGGAAACGUGGGUUUUCGGCCUUCCUUACAUUCUUAGGUGUGCGAACUUGACAUAAUAUUUCACUUUGAGAAGGCGUAUUUUAUUCUUGACGAAUUUCUUUUCGCCGGUGAAGUUCAGGAGUCCGGGCCGCGUAGCAUUAUGUCCGUAAUAGAUGCCCAGGACAUGCUUCAAGAGGUAAGCAGGACUUCAAGAGCGCUAUCUUUCAUCGCGUAGGAGGAGGUCCCGCAGAGUUUCUUCGAAGAUCAAAGCUUGAACUAG